AUGGGAAACAACCCUUCAUCAACCUCGAAGCCGGCCACCCCCACCACUGCUUCCUCCCACGAUUCUCCGCGAGCCUCUAAGAACCAGCCCAAGAACCUGGUGUCAAUACACAACCAACAUAUCAGGUCACCAGCGUCUCCCGAGGCUUCGGCUGUCCAAGCAACCGGCACCUCCAUUAUUAACAAAAACGCCCAGUCGAGACCACUGUCCAUACUCAAUUCAUCGUCACCCUCCACUAGCUCCAACCACUCCGCCGGUAUCCCUAGACCACCCGAGCCUAAGCAGAAGCCUGCCGACUUCAAGGAUGAACACUCCCAACCCGUAGCCGUUCCCUUCUCCUAUUCCCACCAGGAACAGGACUCACCAUACGCGCGCGAUUCCCAGUACGAGGAGAGCCUUAUAUCAGGCCCUACCUCUAGUAGUAUUCAGGACAUGUCAUAUCACAUCAGUCGUCCUCCGCGACUGCCAUUGCCGAUCGAGGAGGAAAUUCACACUCCGGGCUCGCCCAUUGUCCCUCCUAGUGAUGCUGACGCCAAGGCUGUUGACGAUGUUCCACCCCUUGACGAUUCGGCUAGCAUACCACGUAGAGCGUCAGGGCUAAGCAAUGCGACUGAUGAAGAUGAUGCUGAAGAACUCCGAGUCGAUAAGACGCGACCGACCAUACCAACCCGUAUCGAGUGGUCGCGGGGUGGUCAAAAAGUUUAUGUGACGGGAACGCCAUUUCAAUGGAGCCGAAAGCAGAGACUACUUCCUUCCAAGGAAAGAGAGGGUGUGUUGGAGACAAUAAUACCUGUUUUCCCCGGGACGCAUCACAUAAAAUUUCUAGUGGAUGGUAAUAUGCAGACAUCACCUGAUCUGCCUACUACUGUCGAUUUUGGAAAUAAUCUGGUUAACUAUAUCGAAGUGAGCGGCGACGAUAGCGACUCAAGGAAUGUGCCUCUAGAUACCGGUGUUCCUAAGUCUAACGAAGCCGCCUUAUCUCUUCCGUCAAGGCAACCUUCACACGACGGUUCAGUCAAAGGCCCACAAUAUAAGGUCAUUGAUCCGGUUGAGAAGUUCUCCGCAAAGAUCCCCCAGUAUCUGGACGACUUCGACCAAGCCGAGGACACCUCAACAUACAGGCUUUCCGCUCUAGCCCUUGAACGACUUCCACCGCCACCAAGUUUACCCGGUUUCUUAAGCAAGCCGAUCAUGAACAACACCACAUUGAUCAAGGACGAUAACAGCGUCCUCAACAUGCCGAACCACACCGUACUCAACCAUUUAGCUACGUGUAGUAUAAAAAACAACGUUCUUGCUGUGUCGGCUACUACCCGAUAUCAGAGCAAGUAUGUUACUACAAUUAUUUACAAGGCCACAAAAAACGAAUAAGCAUUGUCUGGUCCUGUGUAGUAAAAGCAUUAGUGUGCUCCAGACACUUAUAUGAGAUGGCAUAUUUCCUAUUACUCCGAAUUUCAUCUCGAUAGGGGUAUGAUACCCCACUGUAUCUCACUUGGAUCAAGGGAAAGUCAGCUACGCCUAGAGUUGUGUUGGGCUCUGAAAUGUAGCACUGAUAUGUGCUGUGUAUCUUGCGCUAUUCCGAAAGCAGAUCAGAUUUGGUAAUGAGUUGUUCAUGAACAGGCGGAGGCACGCGCCGUAAUUAAAAGGGGGUUUAUGAGAAUAUCAUGAAGCCACGACAUAGAAGGAUGUAUAUGAGGGAAAUGUC